CGUUCGCGCGCACUCGAGUAGUUAUUGCGCGCUCGGGACAGCGGCGUUCACGCGCAUUCUCAGUGCGAUGGGAGUCCUGUGAGGAUGGACACACGGCAAAUCCUGCGACUCUUGAUCGUUUUAUCAGGAUUGAACGGAGCGUGUGAAGCCCUGUUCUGUAACUGCACCACACCACAGUGUGUGAAGGAUGGGUAUAAGUGUAAGACCAACGGGGCGUGUGUGGUCUCCACCUCAAUCAUUGAUGGACAGGAGCAGCUUAUGCGGUUCUGCAUCCAGAAAGAGGAGCUGGUUCCUCCGGGCCGGCCGCUCUACUGCCUCAGCGCCGGGGGACUGAUGAACACACAUUGUUGCUACUCUGAUUACUGCAACAGCAUCGACCUCAGACUACAAACCGUGACAAGCGGACCGGGUUCAGGGCAGGACUGGGGGCCGCUGGAGCUCACUGCAGUGGUGGUGGUGCCGGUCUUUGUGCUGUGUGUGCUGGUUCUGCUGGGUGUCUUCCUGUUCCUGCACCACCAGCGGGCCUACGGUCACCGGCAGAGACUGGAGGUAGAGGAUCCCAGCACUGAACACAUGUUCCUGACCAAGGACAAGACCUUACAGGACCUCAUCUACGACCUCUCCACCUCAGGAUCUGGUUCUGGUCUGCCGCUGUUUGUCCAGAGGACAGUGGCUCGCACCAUAGUGCUGCAGGAGAUCAUUGGUAAAGGCCGCUUUGGGGAGGUGUGGAGGGGGAAGUGGAGAGGUGGAGACGUCGCCGUGAAGAUCUUCUCUUCUCGUGAGGAGCGCUCCUGGUUUCGUGAAGCUGAAAUCUACCAGACCAUCAUGCUCCGCCACGAGAACAUCCUGGGCUUCAUUGCUGCCGACAACAAAGAUAAUGGCACAUGGACUCAGUUGUGGUUGGUGUCAGACUAUCAUGAGAAUGGAUCCCUUUUUGACUAUCUGAACCGAUAUUCAGUCACUAUUGAGGGCAUGAUUAAACUAGCGCUGUCGGCUGCCAGCGGCCUGGCGCAUCUGCACAUGGAGAUACUGGGCACUCAGGGUAAGCCUGGCAUCGCUCACCGUGACCUGAAGUCCAAGAACAUCCUGGUGAAGAAAAACUGCACGUGUGCAAUCGCUGACCUCGGCCUGGCGGUUCGUCACGAGUCCGUCACUGACACCAUCGAUAUCGCCCCCAACCAGCGCGUGGGCACUAAGAGGUACAUGGCGCCUGAGGUUCUGGAAGAGACUAUUAACAUGCGUCACUUUGACUCAUUUAAAUGCGCUGACAUCUACGCUCUGGGACUCGUGUACUGGGAAAUCGCUCGCCGCUGCAAUGCUGGAGGUAUUCAUGAAGAGUACCAGCUGCCCUACUAUGACCUGGUGCCCUCUGACCCAUCCAUAGAGGAAAUGAGGAAAGUGGUGUGUGAUCAGAGGUUACGACCCAACAUCCCCAACUGGUGGCAGAGCUAUGAGGCGUUGCGUGUGAUGGGGAAGAUCAUGCGGGAGUGCUGGUACGCUAACGGCGCCGCGCGACUGACGGCUCUCCGCAUCAAGAAAACCCUGUCUCAACUCAGCGUGGACGAAGACAUGAAAAUCUGAGCGAAACACUACCUUCUGCCAGAAACACUCCUAGCAAAGAGAACGUGUACAGACAUGCGACCACUCUAAACUAUCCUGCCAGUUUAAAAGUAUUUCCGUCCACGGAGUUGGGACGGGGCCUACCUCACCCCACCGCCAAAACUACUGAACCUACGGUACCCAACAGCCCUCUGUGCUCUCCUCCUCCUCUCUACAUCUACUACCACUACCGCCCAGCUCGCCGAUCAAAAUGGACAUGUGACUUGAUUGAUUCUGAUCAAAUCAGUUUUGCCCCAAAGAUCAUUUUUCCAACCAUCAUAUUUAAGCAGUUUUGACCAGCUUGUUGCAUUUAAUUUAGAGCAGUUUAGCAGACUUACCUCGGUUAACUAACUAUGUGGAAUACACACACUCCAGAUAAUGGGCGGGUUGAGCUGGUAAACACAGUGAAUUAGUGCAAGAUGGCACUGUUAGCGACCGACACGAUCAGCUGAUUUCUUUCAUUCGCCAGUGUUUCAUAACCACGUCAAAGCUGUUAGCAAAGCAACCUUAUUUGCACUUUAUCCCGGAGGUUUUGUGAGCGUGAAGUGGAUUAUAGCCAUCUUGGUUUUGGAAUCACACACUGGCACACGCGUCUAUUCUUACUACUGAAUGGUACGGAGAUAUCUAUUUAUUUUAGCUCGUAGAUCCUUCAUAUGUCCUUAUUUUUUUAUCACUGUUAGAUUUCCUCCUCUCCUACAUGGGCAAACAAAGCUACUGUACAUAGUAUAUUUUUUAAGAGUGUGGAAAUGUAAAUAGCUUACCCUUUUUUUAAUUUCCAAGUCCUUCGACUAAGCUAAAGGUUUGAUCGUCCAGGAACAUCAGAGAUGUGAAGCUGUACGGGUCAGCGGAAGCGGUGGCUAAAGUACAGGCUUUUGUUAAACUUUGUUUUUCAUAGCUAAACCUGUCACUGUAGCAUUAAAUAACACUAUAAUGAUGCACAUUUUAUUAGCUGAGGAGCGUUGGGACUGUUUUGUACGGACUUGAAACUUGUUUUAAAGGAAUAAUUCAUGCAAGCAUAAGCAUUUAUCGCCCUAAUGUCGCUCCAAGCCCGUAUGACACAGUUUUUGCUGUAAAACACAAAAAGAGAUAUUGAGCAGAAUGUGCAAGCUGCACUCAAAAAAUGAUGAAAAAUCACCAUAAAGGAUCAGUAUGACUUUAUGCUGUAUUCAAAGUCAUAUGAACUACAUCUGAUAGUCUUUUUGGAGCUUGAUGCACAUUUAAUUGCAAGGCAAAGAGUUUCAUGAAUGCAAGAAAGUCGUGCAGGUUUGGAGCAUCAUAAGCGAGAAUGAUGAUAGGAUUUGAAUUUUUGCAUUAACUCCAGCGGCUUCUGCCGCAAGUGAAAUUACGACGUGAUCCUAGGAAAUAGAUCUCAAUCUUCUUCAUGCACUGGGUCUGUAAUGAGAAGAACGACUUGAAAAUGUAACUUGAAAAGUUUGGCGUGGAAGCGCACCGCUUUACUCCUACUACGCUGUAUUUAUGACUCCUGACAAACAUUACAUCUCUCUCUCUCGUACUCCAUGGAUAAAUACUACUGCCCUUCUGUCCCUCACCGCUUAAUAUGCAAGAUGUAAAUAUAGUUUCUAUAAUGUAUGACCUUUUUUAUUAAUCAGAUUUAAGUAGACAGUUGUGUGGUUUUGUUUUUUAAUGUGACUCCAUUUUAAUUCAGGUUUAUUUGUAUAGCGCUUUUAAAAAGUAGAUUUUAAAGCAGCUGUACAGGGUUUUUGGUCUGUGGUCUUUCAUGUAGUUUAAUUUUAUCUCCCAGUUUCACUGGACUGAUGUCUAGAGUUUGUGUUUUGACAAUCUGAAUAAGUACUGUUAUUCUCCUUCGUCCAUUUGCAACAAUGCAGUCACCUUACUCUAUUAAAAUGUGUCCAGAAAAAGCCAAAAAUGAUUGCAUAUAGUUGGAAGAACAUGUUAAUGCUUUCUUUAGAUUAUGUUUUCAUGUUAUGUAGAUCCAAAAUGACAAGCUACCAUUUGAAAUGUAUUUGUAACACUGGAUUGAGUCGCAACACUACUGAGAAAUAUAAGACGACACUGGCACAUCAGCUGCUGAUUGAGAAAAUCACCUUGAAUUGGGAGUAAGUGUUCGGGUUUGAUCUGUAUUUGUUUCUACUGUCGAGGUCAGUUUGUACAUAUAUUUAUAGUUUCCAGAAAGUGUGUCACUGCUGGCAGGAUUUGGGCUUCAUAAACGUCUGCACCCUUUCAUCCACUGGCUGUAGUGGAGACGUCCGUUGCUAAUUAUAACAGCUAAACGAUGGCGACAGUGUGAUUAAUGGCUGUGCAAACAGUCUUUAGCAUAAGGAAGUUUCCUCGAUCCUCUGACCUGUAUAAUCCGAGUGUAUUUCCCAAAUCUACAUGGAGAGACUUUUCAGGAAUUUCAGUUUCCAAUCAUGUACAUGGGUAAUUAUUAAAUAGUAAUAAAUACAGGUUUUCCUACAUUU